AUGUCCAAGGUCAUCUUUGUCACCGGCGCCACGUCCGGAUUCGGCAAGCUUAUCACGGAGACACUCUCUGCGCAGGGCCACACCAUCAUCGCCACCGGGCGUAACCUCGAGGGCAAGAACGCCGAGGCUGCGGCUGAGCUGCGCGCGCUCGCCAACGUGCACGUCGUCGAGCUUGAUGCGACGUCGACCGAGUCGGUCGAUGCCGCGGUGGCGGCCGGCAUUGCGGCAGCCGGCCCGAUCGACGUUGUCAUCAACAACGCCGGUGCUGGCAUCGGCGCAGGUCUCACUGAGGCCGUCACGCCCGAGCAGCUUGCGCAGCAGCUCGAUGUCAACGUCGUCGGCGUCCACCGCGUCGUCCGCGCGGUUCUCCCGGGCCUCCGUGCCCAGGGCUCGGGCCACAUCAUCAACAUCUCGUCGAUUGUCGGACGCAAGGUCCUUCCGUUCAUGAGCGCCUACGUCGCGUCCAAGUACGCGCUCGAGGCAUACUCGGAGGCACUCCGCUACGAGGUCGGCCAGCUCGGCAUCAUCGUCUCGGUUGUCGAGCCCGGAGGAUUCGGCACCAACUUUUUCGGCGCCAUGAGCUCUGCAGCCGACUCGGAGCGCGCAGCGUCGUACGGCGAGGAGAUCUCCUCGUUCCCGGCCAAGUUCUUUGACGGCUUCAGCAAGGCCGUGACCGCAGAGGACGCCCCGAGCCCGCAGCUUGUCGCCGAUGCCGUCUCGGGCCUCAUCGAGGCCGGCAAGGACCGCCAGUUCCGCACCGUGGUCGAUCCGCUCAACGGCGGCUCGCCCGACCUCGUCAACAUCAACGAGGUUGCUGAGGAGUCGGCCAAGGCCACCUACAACGCCAUCGGUCUCCCCCACCUCUUCAACUAA